AUGGAGAUGCAGCGAGUGAAAACAGUGAUAUCUGCUCUCUGUAAAGUCCCGCUCCUCUUCCUGCUCCUGUACCUCUUUGUGUGCUCACUUGACAUUUUAAGCUCUGCCUUCCAACUAGCUGGAGGCAGAGUGGCUGGUGACAUCUUCCAGAAAAAUGCAAUCCUGUCUAACCCAGUAGCUGGACUGGUGGUGGGAAUACUGGUCACAGUGUUAGUCCAGAGCUCCUCAACCUCUACCUCAAUCAUAGUCAGCCUUGUCUCUUCAGGAUUGCUGGAUGUUCAGUCAGCUAUUCCUAUAAUCAUGGGCUCCAACAUUGGCACAUCAGUCACCAAUACUAUUGUGGCUCUAAUGCAAGCUGGGGAGAGAGAGGACUUUGAAAGGGCAUUUGCUGGAGCUACAGUGCAUGACUGUUUUAACUGGUUGUCUGUUUUGGUGCUUCUGCCUCUGGAAGUUGUGAGCGGGCUGCUAAGGCGACUUUCACAAGCUGUGGUCGAUACGCUCCAGCUCAGUACUGGAGAGGAAGCUCCCGAGCUUCUCAAAGUCCUCACUGAGCCACUCACUAAAACGAUCAUCCAGGUGCUUAAUUUAUGUGUGCAACUGGAUCGGUCAGUCAUCACAGCCAUCGCUACAGGAGACCAGAGUGUGAGGAACCAGAGUCUGGUGAAGCAGUGGUGUCCCACAACAGUAAAGGACAACAAGACAUCCUGGGGAACAUACAACCUUUCAGAACAUACACAGAAAUGUAGGCAUCUCUUUGCAGGCAGCUCACUGUCGGACCUUGCCAUAGGUCUGAUCCUUCUGUCUUGUUCGCUGUUGGUGCUGUGCAGCUGUCUGAUACUGCUGGUUAAACUACUCAACUCUCUGCUGAAGGGCCAGGUGGCCAGUGCUAUCAAUAAAGUUGUUAAUACAGAUUUUCCCUUUCCUUUCACCUGGCUGGCUGGUUAUCUGGCUCUGUUAGUGGGAGCAGGUAUGACCUUUCUGGUUCAAAGUAGUUCUGUCUUCACCUCUGCCAUCACUCCUCUCAUAGGCAUUGGUGUUAUCAGUAUUGAAAGAGCCUAUCCUCUAACCCUUGGGUCAAAUCUUGGAACCACUACAACAGCAACACUAGCAGCACUGGCUAGUCCGGGAGAUAAGCUAGCUGCUGCCACACAGGUUGCUUUAUGUCAUUUUUUCUUUAACCUCCUUGGAAUCCUGCUGUGGUAUCCUAUACCAGCCACCCGCUUACCCAUACGUAUGGCCUGUGCCCUUGGCAAAUGCACUGCCAGGUAUCGCUGGUUUGCUGUUUUGUACCUCCUCCUCUGCUUCGUGCUGCUCCCAUCCCUUGUGUUUGCCCUCUCCAUGGCUGGUUGGAAGGUGAUGGCUGGGAUUGGUGUUCCAAUUAUUAUGGUGAUUUUAUUCUGUGCAACAGUAAAUAUGUUGCAGGUGCACAGACCUGAAUGUUUACCUCAUAGACUACAGAACUGGGAGUUCCUUCCCAUUUGGAUGACAUCACUGCAGCCCCUUGAUGACCUCAUUACCACGUUGACCCUGUGGUGCAGGGAGGGAAGGGGUUGGGAUUGCAAGCAAAGUGAUGGACCAGUUGCACCACUUGAGAGCACAAGUGUCACUCCUGAGAGAAAAGCCAGAGAGAAAAGCCAGCAGAGACAAGAUCCAGACACUGAUAAGAACUGCCAGAAACAACGACAUAAGGACAAACCUGGAUGUUGUGAUCUGCACUCCAGUGCCAAAGCCAGCUGUGUCUCAGACGUGUUUGUCGCCAGAAAAGAUGAACGUCAGCUGCUCCACUGA